CUCAUCUAUCAGCACAAACAGCAGCCCGCCUUCUCGCAUGUCUAUACCAAGGCCCCGCUUAAAUUCCCUCAAGAGCCAGUCUUCCAGCAUGUGGGGAGGGCGCCCAGCAUCCCCCACCGUACGCAUCUCGUGCCUUCGGACAUCUGCGGUCCAUCGCUGACGCGACCUCGCAGUUCUCAACCACCACCACCGGCUCCAAGAUCAACAUGCCCGAGAAUCACACACUGAUAACGCGUAAGGAUCUGCGACAGUCUAUUGCCUGCUUUGAGGAGCUUAUGGCGGCGGCCAAAGCGUACCGUAAUGCUCUCUUAGCCAUGUCCUCUGCCACUGCCGCAUUCGCGACUGCCAUGGAGGCCUGCUCCAGAGUGAAAGGCUGCAGGUCGUCCAAUUCGGCACUAGCAGGUGCCUCGGGCCUUCAAUAUCUCGUCUCCAAUCAUGAGCAACUCCUAGCCGACACUGUCUAUCGUCAGUUUGAAAUUCCCCUGCUUGAAGCUCUGGACGAAUAUAAACUUGUCACUGCGGAUCGUCUGGCGCAGUACGAGAAGUCUCUGCACGAGCAAAGCCAAAAGAUCAGAAAGACUGAAGCAGAGAACUUGAAGGUUGGACGGAGACGAAAGAGAGACUUGCAGCAGUUCCGGGAAGCACUCGCAGAACUUCAAAGACAAGUCGACGACCUCGAUACCAUCAAAGCGAGCUACCACGAAGAAGUCUUGGAGGGGGAGGAUGAAGUCUGGGAGACUGUCCUCGGCCGCGUUGCUUUUGUCGUACGCAGCCAGCUGGACUUUUAUGAAAAGAUUGCAGGCAAGGCGAGUGAUCCGAUAUUGGAGCCCAUGGUCAUGUCCAUACCCGAUCCCUUUGACGCGUAUGGGCCGCCGAAAGAGGAGGGGCAGAUAUUCAGUGUGCUUGCACCGCUGGGAUUGCUCGACUCCAGUGCACCCCAAUCACCUAAACCUGGUCUUCCCCGGACAUCAUCACCCACACCCGCAUCAGCCACUUCCCCCGGACCACCCGCCUCUCCCCCCAAAUCACCUCACUCCCAACUCCUCUCACCCACAAAACAAUCAUCGUCCUCGUCAAGCAUUAAUGCCGAUAAUGUCCUGGGACAAUUCAACGAGUGGCUGGAUGGGGCUGAUGGUGAGGAUGAGAUUGGACGGAAGAGCUCGAGAGAGAGGAGGGAGUUGAGUGUGAUUGAUGAGACUCAGGAUGGGGUGUCUGUGCUUGCUAGUGAGGGUGGAGAAAGGGAUGAUUUCAGUGCGAGGGGAUGAAAUGAAGAGGCUUCUUGCAAGGCUUGCACCAAGCAACGAGCUUGACGAGACUAGAUAGCGCACACUACAGAUAGGACUAUAGACUCGUACUAUGAUAUAGAUGGCUAUACAGAUUUGACGACGUUGUAUAUAUAUGUAUACCAUCUUUGACCCCGGAG